GAUCCUCGGCGAUUAUUCUCAUUUCAGGGUUGGGAGUUUACGUUCUUUACCUGUUUACCUAUCGCUCUGUAAAAUCUCUCUUUCUCUCUGUCUUCCACACACCAUAACAAAUCGCUCAAUGAUCUAAUUUAGUUGGCGUGCAUCGCAUUAACAGGUGAAUACUAUCUUACUCGGAUUUUCAACGAUCAGGGUUCUAAUUGAGAAAUUCCGAUUGUAGAAUUACGUUUCGAGUUCUGAUAAUUACAUAAUUCGUUAGGUUUAGGUGAAGCUACUGUUCAUAAUUGAAUCGAUCAUUCCGUAAUAAACUGUCUGAAACUUAAAUUUUUUAGAAAUGAGUGUGGUUGGGUUUGAUAUCGGGAACGAAAACUGUGUGAUCGCUGCUGCAAAAAACCGUGGGAUUGAUGUAUUAUUGAAUGAUGAAUCAAAUCGCGAGACACCUGCUGUGGUGAGUUUUGGUGAGAAGCAAAGGUUUUUGGGUUCUGCUGGAGCAGCAUCUGCUACUAUGAACCCUAGAUCUACUAUUUCUCAAGUUAAAAGGUUAAUCGGAAGUGAAUACAAGAAUCCACUAGUGCAGGAUGAUCUUAAGUUACUACCUUUUGAAACCAGUGAAGCUUCUGAUGGUGGUGUUUUGAUUCACUUACAGUACUUGAAUGAGAAACACACUUAUAGACCUGUGCAGAUUUUGGGAAUGCUGUUUGCACAUUUAAAGCAAAUGGCAGAGAAAAACCUCGAAACCCCUGUUUCAAGCUGUGUGAUUGGGAUUCCAUCAUACUUUACAGACUUACAAAGGCGAGCUUAUCUUGAUGCUGCACAUAUUGCAGGUUUAAAACCUUUGAGAUUAAUGCAUGAUUGCACUGCAAUUGCAUUAGGUUAUGGAAUUUACAAGACUGAUUUUUCCGAUUCACGAACUACAAAUGUGGUGUUUGUUGACAUUGGACAUUGUGACACUCAGGUGACAGUUGCAGCUUUUGAACAAGGGCAUAUGAAAGUUUUAUCCCAUGCUUUUGAUAAUCAUCUAGGAGGUAGAGAUUUUGAUGAGGUUUUGUUUAAAUAUUUUGCUGAAAAGUUCAAACAAGAAUAUAGCAUUGAUGUUUCCUCCAACACACGAGCUUCCAUAAGGCUAAGGACAGCAUGUGAGAAGUUGAAGAAGGUUUUAAGUGCAAAUGCUGAAGCCCCACUUAACAUUGAAUGCUUAAUGGAUGAGAAAGAUGUUAAGGGGUUUAUAAAAAGAGAAGAUUUUGAGAAUUUGUGCUCUGAGUUACUGGAAAGAAUUAGUAGUCCUUGUUAUAAGGCUGUAAAUGAUGCUAGAAUAAGUGCUGAUAAAAUAUAUGCUAUUGAGCUUGUUGGUUCUGGGUCCCGCAUACCUGCUAUUAUGAGAAAAUUAACUUCUUUAUUUGGAAGAGAACCAAGGAGGACAUUAAAUGCAAGUGAAUGUGUUGCUAGAGGAUGUGCACUUCAGUGUGCAAUGCUUUCCCCAACUUUUCGUGUUAGAGAUUAUGAGGUUCAAGAUUCAUUUCCUUUUGCAAUAGGACUCCAAUCAGAUGAAGGGAAAACUAUUGCACUACCCAAUGGUGCCUUGUUUUCAAAAGGGCAUCCUUUUCCAAGUUAUAAAAUGCUUUCAUUGCAUAGACAUAAUACUUUCUAUUUGGAAGCCAUUUAUACCAAUGAGAAUGACUUGCCUCUUGGAGUAUCCUCCAAACUCACACAUUUUACAAUUGGUCCUUUCUCAAGUGGGGAAAAGUCAAAGGUAAAAGUUAGAUUCCACCUAAAUCUUCAUGGAAUUGUAACAAUAGAAUCUGCUUCACUUAUAGAAGAAGAUCAUCCUCAUUCGCCUUCAGAACACAUGGGGACUGAAACUCACAUGUCAAAUGGCGAUUCUACCCCUUCUACUACACAUACAGGUGAUGAAAUGAGAAAAAGCAAAGUCAAGAGACAUAAUAUUCCAGUUUCUGAAUAUGUUUUUGGAGGAACAACAAGAGCUGAGUUAAUUGAAGCUCAAGAAACUGAAAGAAUGUUGGCAAAUCAAGAUAUAUAUGUGGAGCAAACUAAAGAAAAAAAAAAUACCCUUGAAUCUUUUGUUUAUGACACACGUGAAAAGCUUUUAAGUACACACCGGAGCUUUGCUACAGAGGAAGAGAGAGAAGGAAUCUCUAAAAAUCUGCAAGAAACUGAAGACUGGUUGUAUGAAGAUGGUGAUGAUGAAUCUCAACAAGCUUAUAUCCAAAGGUUGGAGGAUCUCAGAAAGUUAGUAGAUCCUAUUGAAAAUAGAUACAAGGAAGAAGAUGCUCGAAUACAAGCCACAACUACUCUCUCAAAUUCCAUUAAACAAUAUCGUAAAGCUGCAGAUUCACUUCCCCCUUCUGACAAAGAUGCGGUUUACAGUGAAUGCAACAAAGCUGAGCAGUGGUUGCUUGAGAAAUCCCAACUUCAGGAUUCAAUGCCUAAAAAUGUGGACCCCGUUUUCUGGUCAACUGAAAUUAAUCGAAAAGCCGAAGUUCUCGAGAGAAUGUUGAAGCAUAUAACAAGAAAUAAGUAUUCAGGCUCAAGUUAUGAGGAAGCCAUGGGUUCAAAUUCAAACCAAAGGGACAAACCUAAACCUGAUGACAUGGAUGUAGAUUGAUAAUUCAUGAUUUUAAGAUUUGUUAUGAGAUUUUAUGUAUUGAGGAAAACAAGCAUUUUCAAAUAUCAUUUUGAACAUCAAGAAUCAAAUUUUGUUUGAAAUUUCAUACUUUUCAUUUGUUGCGUC